CAUAAAAUAUUCGUGGUAGCUUAGAAAAUUACGAUUCUUUUUGCAAUAGCUUAGUAAUAUUGCUAAGGACCGCGGGGCAAAGUUUUAUAAUUUUUAGAGCUUGUUUGGGCAGUUUUUGCAAAAAUGAUCAAUAAUAAGGACUAAAUUGAAAUUUUGCGUAUUGUGAUGGAUGAUUGAUUUGAUGGGCCCAGGAGGGGCUGUGUGAUAUGAUUGAACUGUUGAUGUAUGGAUUGUGAGUAUAGAAGUGCGUUUUUAGCCCUUUUGCAGGUUGGGUAGGUCCUAGGUAUAGGGGAGACUCUGUCGGAUUUUUCGCACGACUUAGGACGUAAUUGGUCUUUUUCUUUAUUUGUAUUGAGUCAGAUUGUAUUAAAUAAAUGUAAUAUGAUUGUCAGGUGAGCCGGGACAGCCUUCUUCCUCCGCCCAGCCGCCACAGUAAUUUGUCGUCAAGUCUGAAAAUGCGUAGAAGCAGGAGAGCUGCCACUGCACCAGAACCAGAUGUGCCCGACGAGGUGUCGGCACAGGAUGAGGCGCCUGCCCCGAGGAGGCGGGGUAGGAGGCCUAGAGCUGCUCAAGUAGAGGAGCAGCCAACCCCAGUACAGGAACAGUCCUUUAUGGCACAGGGUCCCAUGGACCCCAUGGCAGCUACUCUAGCUGAUGCGAGAGAACCAUCGACAUGAUGGCUCAGUAUAUGGUCCAUCCUCCACAGCAGCAGCAGUCCACCGCACCAAGAGAGGAAUCUUACAAACAGAUCAUAAACUUCAAGAAGUUGGUGCCCGGUACUUAUGAUGUGUCAGACGACGCAUAUCGGUUUUUGGAUUCCUGCAGACAGGCAGGAACAGAAUUACAGUUGACUGAUAGAAGAUUGAUAGAAUGUAUGCAGCACGUCAUGGGGCCCAUGCCUAGGCAAUGGAUGAAUGACUACGUGUUACCCCGGAUGGAGGGUUUGACAUGGGCUCAGUUUGUGGAACUUUUUAUCAAUCGGUUUGUGCCAGAAAGCUUCAGAGAUCAGAAGCAGUGGGCCUUUGAGGCCUUAAGACAGAAUGGCAGGUCUGUAGAUGAAUAUGCUACAGAAUUUCUGGAAUUGAGCAGAUAUGCCCCUACAGCAGUAGCUACAGAAACUAUGAAGGUGAAGAGGUUCCUAAAGGGGCUUGACAGGAGGUAUGCGAACCUGGCCAUGAUGUCGGAUCAGUCUUUCGAUGUGGUGGUUGAUCGAGCUAGACAGAUUGAGAUCAGUUAUGCUGUGGAUGACAGCGGAAGAGCAAAGAAAAACAGAGCAGAGGGUUCCUCAGGUGUCCCUUCCAUGGGUACUCCGGACAGUGGUGGCCAGGGUAAUUACAGAGGAAAGGGUAGGAGCAAGAGAAGUGGUUUUAGACACAGACCACGAGGAUUGCACCGAGUGCGGAUCCAGCGGUGGUAG